AGACUAAUGCAUGUCAGUGCAGUCAUGAAUGACGGUGGAGUGAGAUCUGUUGGUGCGCGCGUCGCAGAUACAAGUUAUAAUGUAGAUGUGGAAGACGCUUUGGAUGCUACUGGCCAUGGUCUCUACAACUACCUGAUUUUGCUGGCCACCUGCACCUUCCAUCUGGGGACGGUGGUGGACAUGCUCGGCUUCAGCCUGGUAGUACCAGCAGCGAGCUGUGACCUGCAUUUAGGGUUGAAAGAAAGCGGGAUUCUGACAUCUAUUUCCUUCGCUGGAUUCAUAUUUGCUCAGCCCUGGGGCUACUUCGCGGACACCCAAGGCCGGCGCAAAGCUUUACUCAUUUCAGCGACUUCAGGAUUCUUCUUUGCAAUAGUUUGCAGCGUCUCAAAGGAUUUCUUCAUGAUGCUAGCUUUCAAGUUUAUAGGAUGCAGCUUUUCUAUGGCAUCCUUAACCCUCACCAUCACGUACCUCGGGGAGUGCACGCCAAAGCAUCUGAGGAGUAGGUUUCUCUUCAUACAGAACUGCUACUGCCUGGCUGCAGACUUUGUCUGUUACGGGUUAGCCUACAUCAUACUUCCGAUGGACUUCAACGUCCCAACAUUUUUCAUCAUCUUAAGAUCCUGGCGACUGCUGAUAGCGGCGAUGGCCUUACCACUUGGUAUCGGAGCCCUCAUGAUGAUCUUUCUAGAAGAGAGUCCUAAAUUCUUAGCAAAUGCCGGAGAGACUGAUAAAGCUCUUGAGGUUCUAUCGCGAUAUUAUAGAGGGAAUAAAGGGAGUGACGAUUAUCCAAUAAAAUCUAUAGCAGGGAAUAACAACUGUAAAGAUUCAUCAUCGUUCUGUGAUUCAGUAAUCAGACAAUCAGCACCUAUAUUUAAACCACCUUUGCUUUGGAGGACUUUGCAACUCUUUUAUUUAUUUGCUAUAUGCUGCAGCACAAACAAUGUGUUCUUUAUGUGGUUUCCUACUAUGGUCAACUCGUUUUACAAUAGCAACCCUGAUAACCCUGAAAGCUUCUGUCACAAGAUUAUUGCCAAAAUCACACCAUCCAUUGACGAUACAAUGGGGCCCUGCAGAAACACCACACCAAUGAAUACCAUCUACAGCGGCAUGCUUUUUACUUCAUUUUUCACGAUUCUCAACAUAGUGCUCAUUGCGCUAUCGUCAUGGAGAAAGAUGCUCUUGAUAAUCACCAUCAUCAUUUCGGGAGCGAGUGCUGUGAUGGUCAACCUGAUUGAUGGAGCGAUUCCUGGAAUGAUAUUGUUCACCAUGAUUCAGUUUACUGGUAUCUGUGUGGGGAAUGUGGGAUCUUAUUUUGUCGAUAUGUAUCCCACUUCUUGCAGGGGUCUAGCAACAAGCCUGGGUAUGAUGGUGGCGAGGUUCACGUGUCUCGCAGGCGUUAACUUGGUCGGAGCUGUUGUGGUCGACCAUUGCAGCCUCACGUUUUAUUCGUGGGCAAUAUUUAUUUUAAGUGGUGUUUUCGUCGCCAUGUUGCUACCUGCAGAUAGAGCGUCGAAACAAACAUGAUAUAUACAAUUGAUAGAUUGGAUAUAUUGAAAAGUCUAAUUUUACUAUACUUCUGAAGGUGACUGCAUAAGUGAACAUUUAUCGCCUUAGUAUCCAAUUAUAGAUCUAUUAUUCAUAGUAAGAUAAUUUUAGUAUUGUAUCUUCCAUAAUUAGGAAGUUAUACUUUUUUAAAGGCUGAAAUUUGUGUUUUUUUACUUGAACGCAUUAAACUCUUGGUUGAUUUAAAUGCA